AUGCCCGACAGCUGUUGUCUUAAAGGGGAACAGUGGAGUAUGCAGAAGUCAAUGGUGUUCCGCUCUCGAGCCUCCUCAUUAAUGUCAGUCAGGUAGAGCAGGAGGCGGGCGGGUAAGGGUCGGGCCAACACACCAUUCCCUGGUUCGGGUAAUUCGUCCAAGUCACUCUUUUCAAUUACUUUAAUCACACGAAACGUAAAUGUUUGGAUUCACGUCCCUGAGAUUAAUGGCCGCGACUGUUGAUUAUGCAAUUGAUCUGUCUUUGAACUAAAUUUGAUUUAUGGAAUUUUGCGUUUCGAAAAGUCAAUUCAAAUUAAAAUGCUUUUUGAUUUGUGGAGUAUCUUUUGCAGGUAUUCCUCGGCACGGUACUACAUCAAGAUGGAGGUGUUCUGGCGAACAAUCCUACUGCUAUUGCUCUACAUGAAGCAAGGUUACUGUGGCCUCACGAGCCCAUCCAAUGUGUUGUCUCCGUAGGUAAUGGUCGUACUGUCAGUGAGCUGGAGCUCACUUCUACUGUGCGAAACACUGGCAUUCAAGAUAAAAUCUCCAAGAUCGUGGACUCUGCCACUGACACGGAAUUGGUACACAAUGCCAUGGGUGAUCUUCUGCCACCGAACUCGUACUUCCGUCUCAAUCCUUAUAUGUCAUUCCCCUACACAUUGGACGAAAUCGAUCCGAAACGACUGGAGCAAAUGGUCGCUGAUGCCCAAUCGUAUGUCAGAAGGAACCGACAGAAGAUAUUUGAUGCUGCGAUACAGCUAAACCGACCAGCACCCUUCUGGAAACUAGCCAAACGAGGUAUCGAGCACGUUCGGAACGUGAACGGCCGUUACUCGCCUCACUAA